AUUUGUGUAUUCACCGUCCACGUCCAAUACGGGCCGCAUACCAACUCAAGUUUGUAUACUACAACCCAUUGGUAUCACUAUUUUGGCACAGAUAUAUAAUACAACGCUUUAAUUUGAGAAGCGAUAUGGUAUCCUGCUUACAAAAUCACAGACUUGUCGGAUUCGACUACGAAAUAUUUGUCCGAAACGUCAUAAAGUUUUAGACUUUGCCGGUGUGCCCCGAAAAUUUGGCCCGCCAAUUACAAAGGAUACUUAUAAGGUAUGGCUGUUGUGUCGAGUCGACUGGUGUGGACAUGUGUGAAGCUAGGAUGUCGGAAUCGAACCAGCUUAAUUACGUGUGUUUAUACAUGUAAACAACAUCAGAGAUCAACAGGCUUACACACAUUAGUCGAUAGCAGACCUGGACUUGGGAACAAUUUGACCGGAAGUCCCAUUGAUCUCCACCAUCGAUCUCGAUUGAGGCUGUGUGACCACUCGACCGUGCGAAAGAUGUCAUCCGAUAGCUGCUCCGAGGAUGUCCUGUUGGGGAUUGGCAACCCUCUACUGGACAUCACAGUAGAGGCUGACCAGGCUCUUCUGGACAAGUACAAACUGCUAGCCAACAAUGCCAUAAUCGCUGAACAACAACACAUGCCUCUGUUUGAUGAUCUCGUCAAAAAUUACACUCCAAUCUAUUUAGCCGGUGGUGCCACACAGAAUACUAUUCGUGUGGCUCAGUGGUUACUCCAGAAGCCGAAUGCCACAACUUUUCUCGGCGGAGUAGGGAAUGAUGUGUUUAAGGAUAUUUUAGCAAAGAAAGCCGAAGAAGUUGGUGUGAAUGUCCAAUAUGAAGUUCAUUCAGAGAAAGCAACGGGUAAAUGUGCAGCCGUGAUCACUGGUGAAGACAGAUCUCUUAUAACAGAUCUUGGAGCUGCAGAGCUGUUCACAUCCGAUUUUGUUAAACAGGAAGACAAUUGGAAAUUAGUUGAAAAUGCUCAAAUGUAUUACAUUGGAGGGUUCAUAGUUCCAGUCAGCUCCGAGGCUGUUUUAGCUGUGGCCAAACACGCUGCCGAAAAUGGGAAAACAGUUGUAAUGAAUCUUCAUGCCACUUUCCUUUGCAAACAUUUUGCAGACCCCAAACUUAAUCUGAUGCAAUACGUUGAUGUGUUGUUCGGAAAUUCUGAUGAAGCUGCAGAAUUCGCAAAGUGUCAAGGAUUUGAGUCUUCGGACUUGAAAGACAUUGCCAAGUUAACAGCAAAUCUACCCAAGGCAAACAAGAACAAAGAACGUACAAUAAUAUUUACGCAAGGAAAGGCAGCAACCGUUACAUGCCAUAAAGGGGAGAUCACUGUGUUUCCUGUCGUACCUGCCGAACGUAGCCUUAUAAAAGACACCAAUGGCUGUGGAGAUUCCUUUGUGGGAGGAUUUCUAUCUCAAUUGGUGAUGAAUAAAUCUCUGGAGGAAUGCAUGCGGUGUGGCGCCUAUGCUGCUAAAGUUGUAAUUCAGCAUUUUGGUUGUAACUACCCUGAAAAACCAGAUUUUCACUAGUGACUGCAACGUUAUUCAGUCUGUUGAUUUCUUUGUAUGGGACACUUUAAGGUUGUAAUGUUUAUUUCAAAACAAGUUCAGUUAGGUUCAAUCUCAUUUAUCUAGUCUUUUUAUUCUGUAACAAUUAUUCAGUUUUUUUGCCAAAAUGUUUCAGAAUUUUUUUACAUGAAGGUUGUCUGUCUAAAAUUAUUCCAGUACGAAUUAAAAAACAUAUACUUUUGAAUGAUUCCAAAGGGGUGUACUCCAGAUCAGACCCCUAUAACUUGUAUUCAUGAGAGAUUAAUUAAAUUGUAACAUUUCUUAUUAAAUGCCAUUUAUAUAUGCUACCUCAAAAGAUGGGAUUAGAGACUGAGACUUAUUCCCCCCAUACAAAGAUGUACUAAGUACUAAUAAACAAUGUGUACCAUGUAAUUAUUAUUGGUACCUGCUACAUACAACUUCAAAGACUUGAAAUGUUGAUACAUAUACACAUUUUGGAUAAUUUAGUCAAAUAUCGAUACUCAUCCUAAUUAACUCAUUACACUAAUACUCGGUACUUUUUGUUGUGUUGUGUGUUCUUGAUAGGUAUGUUUGUUGUGCAUGUAGCAUGAAACAAAACAGAGCUUAUAUACUUGCCAACUCUCCCUAAUUAGGAGAGAGACUCCGGAUUGUGGACCCUUAAAUUUAACAUCUCCACCCACUGCUGGUGUUAAAUGUGCCUUUUGAUUGUAAUUUUCAAUUAAAGAACGUGACAGACCGACGACAGAGUUGUAGAAUUGGUAUAUAUAGUAUAAAUAUUCUAAUUGUAGCUAUGGAAGAAAAGGUUGCUUUUUUAUUACAUUUGCAAAUAAAACAAUUUUAUUCA